GUCAUACGCAAAUUGUUAUAAAACAGAGGCGCAGGUUUCCUUGCAAAGUUUAGUAGACAGUGUCCAUUACUGCUUUCUGUAAAGUGUAUUCUUCAGAUAUUUUACAUGCAUUUUCAGUAGCAAUAUGACGGAGGCUGUGAUUAUUGAUCUUUUCCAUGGACAAUUGCUGACUGACAGUCAGGUGACAUGGCUAAGAGAAGCGAUCAUAAGAAACUACGCUACUAAAAAACCAAAACACGUGUUUAUAAUGUGCAAACAGCAAAGUCCUAAAAGUACGAGCAACAGUGCACAAAAUGCCAUUAUCAAUGUGCUUGAAAAGUUUGGUGCCCUCAAAGAAGUCAUUGAAACAGUGGCUGAGCCUAGUAUGGCUGCUGCUUUCUAUCGCUUUAAGAGAGAAAUUGAUGAACUCAACCUGAGCACUGUUAAGAUCAUUGCACCCACUCCGAGGAAAGCCAUAUUGGAGGCCUAUUUAGAUCUGCUGUUCACUGCAGUCUACCAGUUUGAGUUUGAAGUCCUGCCAGAUGAGCCUGAGAGCAUGCACAUAGAAUCACCAGGGCCAGGACAUUGCAGAGAUGGGGAGACUCUGGCAGGCCAACAACUUGAACAGAUCAAAAGAGAGGUCAGCACAUUCCUAGGACAAUUACCCAGCCUCAGAGGAGACAUCACAGUUCUGCAUUCGUCUUUAAUUGACGUCUGUUUUUUACAUGGCUUCACGACACGCACAGGAGGGAUCUCGUACACACCCACCCUGAGCUCCCUGAACCUCUUUAGCAGCUCCAGUCGCAGGGAUCCCAAAGCUGUCGUUGCAGAAAAUAUACGGCGAUUAUCCCAAAAGGCAGGCUUUGACCAGGAAAGCUACCGCCGUGUCCAGGUGGAUCAUGGCAGUGAUGUGUGGAUUAUGGGGAGAAGGGAACCUGAGAGCUAUGAUGGAAUAGUGACUAAUCAGAGUGGGGUUACUCUUGUGGCCCCGGGAGCGGACUGCAUGCCUCUCCUCUUCGCUGAUCCCGUGCAAAAAGCCAUUGGUGCCGCUCAUGCAGGAUGGAAAGGCACCCUUCUGGGUGUUGCCAUGGCUACAGUGAAUGCCUUGGUUUCAGAGUAUGGGUGUGAUGUGAAAGACAUUGUGGUCGCGGUAGGUCCUUCAGUGGGAUCCUGUUGCUUUACACUGGACCAAAAAUCAGCCAUCGAAUUUCAUGAGAUCAACCCGAAGUGUGUUAGAGAAAUGGAUUCUGCUAAACCUUAUGUUGACAUAAGGCUGGCUACCAGGAUUCUGCUUGAAAGAGGAGGGGUUCUUCCUCACAAUAUUCAAGACGACUCUGGGUCCAGUGAAUCUCACAACCUCGGCUUGUGCACUGCUUGUCACGCUGACAAGUUUUUCUCCCACGUCCGAGAUAGAAACAACUUUGGGACGCAGAUCGGUUUCAUAUCGAUUAAGGAACAGAAAGAAAAAUAGAAAUAUUUCACCUCCCCAGUUUGUUUUUUGCAGGUUCAUGUUCUACAAAGGCACUUUACAGUUGCACUGACAGUGAAAGGACAGCAGGGGGAACUAAAACCAUGUUUGGUCAUUACAGAAUGCACGAGGAGAGCAGACUUGUUCUUUCAUGCAUUCACUACCUCAACUCUUACUCCUCAUAAUCGCACAAGCCCUGACAGGAAUAUAUGCACAUGGCCAUGGGCUGACACUCUCGUAAUGACUGUGACAGGGGUAUGUAACUGCUAGAUAUGAUUUACAAUUUCAUUUCUCUUGGACUAGAGUGACAGUAUAUUCUAUAUGCACGUUAACUGUGACCAGUUUGAAUAGUACCACUACAGCUUUCAUAACUGAUAUCCAUUACCAUCAUGUGAGACAUGCAUGGGUUUUGGGCUGUCAAUAAUGCAUUAGGGUGAUUUGUACUUGUAGAAAAAAUGAAGGACAGCAACCACUCUACUGUUUGUGUAUUUUGUUGCCUAGCAGAUUAUACUGAUGUGUUUUUAAUAACUUUCACUUCCAUGUCAGCCUUUAUCAUAGCAUGUUACUGUUUACAUUGCAAUUGACUGCAUGACUAAAUGUGCUGUUAAGUACAGUAGUCUAAUGCAGUUCAUCCUGAUGAUUUUUACUUGAUUUGUAUGCAUUUGCUGCCAACCUUGCUUUUUUGUAAUUGAGCACUCAUAUGAAAAUGAUUGCCCGUUUUUGAUUGUGUGUUUGGGUUCAUAUUGAUAAAUGUUAGCAUCAUGUGUUAGAAACUCCAUGGGAGUAUGUAGCAGGUUGCUAAAACCUUUUUGCAACCUUUUUCACCAGUAGUUGCAAACAAUGUAAGAGUUGCUAAAAUAAAUAGCAUGAUACAGCACAUUGGAAUUCUAGUAGUAAUUCAAGAUCACUGCUAACCGUGGUCUGUGGCACAGCAGUAUGGGUGUAAAAAUAUAUUUCUCAUGACAAUAAGUGAAUUUAUGGCAUAAAGGUUGAUUUUGAGUCAAAUAUAAUCAGUUUUAUUUAGUUGAGUCUUAAGAAAGUCUCUUAUUAAACAUUCUCUCAGCAUAAUUUCCUUUUGAGUGUUUUUCUAA